CAGCUAGAGAUGGCAACAGUGUUGUUGGACAACAGCCCAGAAAACUUUGAGGAGCAGCCCGAGCUUUCUACCAGCCGCAUACUCUGCUGACGUAGCCUGAACUUCAAAGUGCUUUGAUGGUUAGCACCAGAAGAUUCAUUUAAUGGGAGAUCACAUUUCCUCCUCAUUUAUUGAAACAUGAAGACCAAAACCAAAGGAAAGAAGCGUAAGUUUACAGUUGACAAAGAAGGGUCAAGAUCGAGUGAAGAGGAACUGGUAAAAUGUUUGCGGCAGAAAGAAAAGAGAAGCAGGGGAAAGAAGGAAAGCAGUAAGAUUGCAGCAGCGAGGGCCAAGCAUUUUUGGAACAGCAAGGACAGAGAGUCGAGACGACUGGAAAGCAAUGAACGGGAAAGGCAAAGAAUGCACAAGCUCAAUAAUGCCUUCCAGGCCUUGCGGGAGGUCAUCCCUCAUGUAAGAGCCGAAAAUAAACUUUCUAAAAUAGAGACUCUCACACUGGCCAAAAAUUAUAUUAAGUCACUGACCUCCACCAUACUUAGUAUGUCCAAUGGACACUUUCCAGCUAUUGAAGGAUCAGGGCCCAGCGGGUCCAAAUUGUACCAGCAUUACCAACAGCAGCCAAGGGAAGAAGAACGUGAAGAACAACUAAAAAAAUACUCCACGCAAAUACAAAGCUUCAGCGAAGGCAGCUAAAGUUAUCUACUGGCUUUGUUUUCUCCCAUCCCCUCAUUUUUGUGGAUUUCAGCAUUUGGAGAGUUGAGGGAUUGUUUCCUCCAGUCUUUUUUUGAACAAUCAGACAAAAUU